AUGGGGCUCCUAGACAAACUCAAGCGCAAAAAUAAGGGCGACAGCAGCCAAGCAGGAAGCUCUCAGCCAUCGCAGUCUACCUACCGGCAACCUGCCCAGUCUACCACCAACCCAACGUCCGGCAUCGCCUCCACUGGCACGUCAUCUGCCUCUCCCGCCCCCGUUCCAGAGUUCUCAAACGUCUACUUCGACCUCACUGUGAACAAUGGCCCGCCGGCUAGAGUCGUCUUCAGGCUCUACAGCAAGGAAGUACCAAUUACCGCAGAAAACUUCCGCGCUCUUUGCACGAAUGAGAAGGGAUUCGGCUAUGCGGGUAGCAGCUUCCAUCGGGUUAUUCCCGGGUUCAUGCUUCAGGGCGGGGAUUUUACGAGGGGUGAUGGCACGGGCGGCAAGUCCAUCUACGGUGAUAAGUUCAAAGAUGAGAACUUUACUUUUAAGCAUGAUCGGCCUUAUCUGCUUUCAAUGGCAAAUUCUGGGCCCAAUACCAAUGGAUCGCAAUUCUUCAUCACCACUGUCCCGACGCCUCAUCUCAACGGCAAGCACACCGUUUUCGGUGAGGUGAUUGAGGGUCAAGAAUUUGUGGCUGCUAUCGAGGCUGUCGGAUCGCCUGAUGGGACACCGAGUUCGAAGAUAGUGAUUAAGGAUUGUGGAAGUCUCUGA